UCAAAGGAGAGAAGAGUGAAGAAAGAGAAGAAAUGUUAAGGAGGCAGCUGGAAGAUUUACAGCAAGAAUUGAAUGUUUCUCGAAAAUCGGAAAUGGCUGCUGAGAUGAGAGUAAAAAAAUCAACUUUAUAAUGCACAUGAAAAAUUGAAAAAUGAACAAAUUGAAACAGAAAAGUCAAAACAGAAACUGGAGGCAGUGGCUAUGCUUCGUGAAUCUAAUGAAAGAAACUUUAAAUUGUCUUCUUCAAAUAAUGAAGCAAAUAAUCAUCUUAUCGCAUUAAUUAAAGAACUCUCGUCAGCAAAUAAUAAAUUAAAAUCCGAGAUAUCUGAGUAUCGGGAACUUCUUUCAGAAUCUAGAAAUGAACUUAGCACCUUACAAAAUCGCGUUGAGGAUAUCGAAACUGCAAGUACAACUGGUUAUGCUUAUCCCGCCAGUUAUGCAAGUUCUGUUGCAUUCGCUUCUCCUUUUAAACCAAAUUUUCCUCCACAUGUGUUGGAUGAAAUGGGGACGGGAGCUUGGGUGUAGAUCCUUCGGUGCAUUCACCUGCUGGUUCUAUUGUAUCGACUUCAGCAUUGUCUAGCUCCAAUCCAUUACAUCAUCAUCACCA